CGCUUGUUGUCGCUGUGUCCAUGGAAAGUUUGUGGGGGGUUUUUUUUCCUUCCUGAAAGUUUACGCAGGGCUGUUGUUGCGCGCAUCCAACAUGCCAGAGAAAGUAACGGACAUCACGGCUGGCAGUGAUUCCCUGCUGUGCUUGUUACUGCAAUGAAUGGUAACACUGUCCAGCAGACCACAAGCACUGCACCAUCCAUAGCACCUCCUUGUGGAUGGAGGGAGUUCUGUGAGUUGCAUGCCAGCACCACGGCCCGAGAACUUGCCCAGCACUACCGGCACUUCGUCAGAGAGCGGCCGGUGCAGGAUGUGGUCCCGCCGGAAAGUUUCUCGAAGCAGUUCAGCGCCCUCUUCCAGCACCACUUCAGCUGCGAGGUGGCUAAAGAUGCAGAACCCACCUUGCGGCCACCACCGCCUCCUCCCUUGCUACCCAUGACUGGCCGCUUACGCAUCACUUCCUUCUCGGGGGUGCUGGAUUACCGGGAGACCAUGCGGCCAGGAGUGACUCCGCUAGUUGCCGUGUUGGCGCCCAAACCAGAUGCCGCUGGCAUCCCUAGAGAACAGGAGCAGUUGCUGCGAUGCUCUCCCGCAGACACUACACACAGAACGCGGCAUCAUAGCCAGGAAGACGAACACCUGGAGCGGAGGACUGGGUCUGAACGAUACUCGCCCCCUUUGUUUUCCUUCCCUUCCCGUAGUGACGUAACCAACUUUUCCGUCAGGGGAUUUCGAAAAAGCGUAUGCCGAUUCUUUAAGAAAUCCCCCCAAACUGAUGAACCUUCAGGUGGUUGCCCAAGGGAUGAUUCGAUCAAGGGUGGCGGACCCUUUGCGACUGUUGAAUGCACCUCUCAAACCCCACCUCAGACUGUGCAGGUACCUGCCCAUCGCACUUCGCAGAAGGGUGCGCGGUGGGAACGAUGGAAUCUGUUGCGAACUGUGAGACAGAGGCAAGAGACAGGAAGUGUUUGUAAAGAGGGGCAGCUGCGGUACCUGGAGGUGGAUGACACUAUCUCAGACACGCCCCCACUUUGGCUGCGCUGCCACCUGCAGGUCAGGAGGAUCAACGAGCACACCGCUAGUGAGAAAUACCAGCUGGAGCUCUAUGACCCACCAAAGGACUACAAAACUCCAAAGCUCACCGUACCCUGUUCGGACAUCCAAGAGAUUCGACGCUGUAAUCGCCUAGAGAUGCCAGACAACAUGAACACAUUUGUCUUAAAGGUUACUGGUCAUCCGGGUAGUUUUCUAUUUGAGGCCGAUAAUGAGCAGCAGGUGAGCUCUUGGACCACAGAGCUCAGAGAAUGCAUCACCAGCAGCAGGUCAGAUAGUGUGGAUGGAGAACCGUUUCCUGUUAGCGACUCGCUCAACACAGCUCGCAGAGGGAGUACAGAGCCCGGCGGCCAGGGCUCUCUGGGUUUUGGACUCGCAGAGCACGCCUACAAUAAAACGGAUCACUUCCUGUCCUCUUACCCAUGGUUCCAUGGGCCCAUAUCACGUGUGCGGGCUGCCUACCUUGUACAGCAUGCCGGGUUCAGCGGUCAUGGGAACUUCCUCGUGAGACAGAGCGAGACGCGGAGAGGAGACUACGUACUCACGUUUAACUACCAGGGCAGAGCAAAGCAUUUGCGUCUAUCUUUAACUGACUGGGGUCAGAGCCGUGUGCAGCACCUGCGUUUCCCAUCAGUCAUGGACAUGCUGAGUCACUUCCGCAACUGUCCCAUCCCGCUGGAGUGCGGCGCCGCGUGUGAAGUUAUGUUGGCCAGUUAUGUGCGGCUAAACCCCACUCACGCAGGUCAGAGUUCGGCUAUCGGCUCUCCGGUAUUGGUGCCCUUCUCUCGCUGGAACUCAGAGCCGAGUCUAGCUCACUGUAGUCCGGAUUCAUGCCCUCACUCCAGCCCCACCACGGCCCAGUCGUUAGCAUUAUCCGCGCUCCCGCAUCGCACACCCUCUUCGUUUCCAGACCGCCCCGUUCCCGUCCCCCUGCGCCGGAGCGAGUCGGUGGGCCGCAGAAACCUGCUCCGCCACCCCAACCCGCUGCCGCCCCUACUGCCCAACCAGGACUCUGACUACGAACUGGAGCCACCCGACAGGGGGCGCAAGAGAGCCAUCGACAACCAGUACAUGUUCUUCUGACAGAGACAGAGGAUGAAAAAGAA